AUGCCUAGUAUUGCUCUUGGUAAUCAGUCUCCUUUUCAGAAGUUAUUUGAUAAGCCUCCACCUCUUCAGCAUCUACGAGUCUUUGGCACAGCUGUUUAUCCAUAUAUUAGACCAUUUAAUGAACAUAAACUUCAAUCUAGGACUGUACAGUGUGUUUUCAUGGGAUAUUCUCAGGGUUAUAAGGGUCUUAUGUGCUAUAACACUACUACUCACCAUUUCCUUCUCUCUAGACAAGUGGUUCAUGAUGAGAGUGUCUUUCCUUUUAGGCACUCCGAGCCUUCACCUCCAUCUAGCAAUCUUUCUUCUUGUACUCCAUCUUCUUUCAAGGCUCCACCUAUUGUAGUUUCUGUUUCACAUCAUGUGCCUUCCUUGGCUUCUAGUUCAGAUCCUAGUCUUGCUUCCUCACAUUCCUCUGAUGUCCCUUCCCAUGUUUAUGCAUCUUUUGGUGAUGAUUCAGUUUUAGUUGCUUUGGGUGCAGACUCUACAGACAAUUUACAGGUUCUUAGUGAUCAACAAUUACAAGCUCUUUUGCCUUCUCAUGAAUCUUCUUCACCAUCUAUGCCUCCUUCUAUGCAUCAUAUGCAGACAAGGUCUAAGAGUGGUAUUGUCAAGACUAAGCCAUUUGAGGAUUAUCAAUGCUAUCUUACUACUAUUCCACCUUUUCAUGAAGUUGUUGAACCAGCUACUUAUAAGGCUGCUUCUCAGUCCUCUGUUUGGAUACAGGCUAUGAGGGAAGAAAUUGAAGCUUUGCACACCGAAGGUACAUGGGAUUUAGUUUCUAUGCCUGUGGAUAAAAACAUUGUUGGUAGCCGAUGGGUUUAUAGAGUCAAGAAGAACUCAGAUGGGUCUGUAGCAAGACAUAAGGCUCGCUUGGUUGCACAAAGUUUCAGUCAAGCUCCUGGUCUAGAUUUUAGUGAGACUUUUAGUCCUGUUGUAAGGCAUACAACAGUUAGAUUGGUUUUGAGUAUUGCUGCUAUGAACAGGUGGUCUCUUCGACAACUUGAUGUGAAAAAUGCUUUUCUUCAUGGUGAUCUUGAAGAAGAAGUGUUUAUGCGCCAACCUCAAGGUUUUGAAGAUUCUGCAUAUCCAACCCAUGUUUGUCGAUUGAGAAAAUCUCUUUAUGGGCUAAAGCAAGCACCUAGAGCUUGGAAUGCAAAGUUCACAGGUCAUCUUCCAGCCAUUGGUUUUACUGUUUCUCAUUCUGAUCCAAGUCUCUUUGUUAAGCAUGUUGGUUCAGAUAGUGUCAUUCUUCUACUCUAUGUUGAUGAUAUCAUCUUGACUGGUUCUAAAGAUAGUUUAGUCCAAGAGGUUAUUGAUGAAUUAAGUGCUGUGUUUGAAAUGAAAGAUAUGGGGAGGAGUAUUGUUGGGGCACUGCAAUAUUUGACAUUCACUCGACCUGAUCUUUGUUAUGCUGUUAAUACUGUCUGUCAGUAUAUGACUCAACCGUCAGAUUUACAUUUUCAGUUGGUUAAGCGUAUCCUGAGAUAUAUUCAUGAUCAACUACUGGUUUUGUGGUUUAUCUUGGCAAUAAUCCAGUUUCCUUGGCAGUCUAAGAAGCAAAAUUCUGUUUCUAGAAGUUCAACUGAGGCUGAGUACAGGGCAUUAGCUAAUACAGCAGCGGAUCUAGCUUGGGUUCGACAAGUUUUACUUGAUUUAAAGGUAUUCUUACCACAGCCUCCUACAAUACAUUGUGACAAUCUUUCAGCCCUUGCUUUAAGUUCAAAUCCUGUGUAUCAUUCUCGGAUCAAACAUUUAGAUAUUGACUUUCAUUUUGUAAGAGAAAGAGUACAGAAGAAAGACUUGAUUAUGCAGUAUAUUCCUAUUGAAGAACAGGUAGCAGACAUCUUCACAAAGGGAUUACAUGGUCCUACUUUUCUGAGACAUUGCAGGAAUCUGCAACUUAGCAGCUCAGCUGGGUUUGAGGGGGAAUGA